AUGUUGCUUGUAGAUGCGUUUGCUUGGGAAUUUCUAAUCUUGAACAAGUUGCAGGAGGAAAGAGAGUCCUCCAAAGAUGGUAGAGAUGAUGAAAAGCCUCGUAAUACCAAAAGAAGACUUCGAUCACAAAGUUUAGGCGCUUCUGAACCAUCGCAAUCCGAGGAUAAUGCUGUAAAAAGAAGGAUAAUUUCAAGGAGGCAAUCUGCUAGGUUUAAGGCCGUGGAAUCAAAAGAUGCCAAUAAUCUAAUCGGGAUAAAUGAUACUGGAUUUCAAGAAUGUCCCUUGCCCCAUAAUGAACCAAUCCCGGAAAAAGCUACUCCGAUAACUCGCCAACACGAAGAUGCUGUGAUUUCGAGCAAGUUACAGGAGGAACGGGAGUUGUCGAAAGAUAGUAGAGACGACGAAAAGCCUUGUAAUAAUAAUACCAAACGAAGGCUGCGAUCACAUAGUUUGGGCUCUUCUGAACCAUUGCAAUCCGAGGAUAAUCCCGGAAACAAAAGGCCCGUUGCGAGGAGGAAAUCAUCUAGGUUUAAAGCUGUGGAAUUAAAAGAUGAAGCCGGAUUUCCCAAAUGUACCCCUGUACUGGAAAACGAGUCGAUUUCUGUGAAUGCAGCAAUGGUUGAGGAUGAAGAAGAGAGAAGCAGUUGUGACAUUGUAUGUGAAUCUCAAAGACCAUCUAUAUGCAGACCGUCGCGUGUAGCUGCCAAAAAGGUUCAGUCGUACAAGGAGAUUCCUUUAAAUACCAAAAUGCGCAGACCUCAGUGACGAAUUAUUGUUUGCCAUGUGUUUUUUUUUAGAUGUUUUGUUAUUACCGGUCGAAAGUUACUGAACGCGCUAUUGCAUCGAAUUCAGAGAUGCCAUAAUUUGUAAUGUGUUUGUUUUUGUUCAUAUGUUGUUUGUCUCUAAUAUUCUGUGGAGUUUGCUGCUGACCUUAAGUGUAAGAUUUUGAGCACAAGGAACUUUUGUUGUAAUGGAAAUAUGCUGUUAUGAAGAUUAUUUUCACCUUAUUUUAUUCUUUAUCAUUUU